CACUCAUUUUUGGCACAUUGGAAUACGUCAGCAUACCGUGUUAAAUGUGCUACUGCCCAGAAAAAUAGGGCUUCGGAGAAAGGUGGCAUUCUCCACACUGAGGGCUCAAUCACUAUACACGAGCAUGCCAUUCGUAUGGUACAAAAUCUUUAUUCAUUUCUUAUCAAUUUUUCCUGAAAUUGAUAUAUAUGUUUUAUGAUUUUACAGGCAGCACAGCUAGGACGUUCUGUUUCUGUUGAUGAGGUGUUUACACAGACUCAUCUUCGGAAGGGAACAGGCACAUAUGUUGAUGAGUUGUCUCGCAAGACCAUUGAAGAUUUUUCUACUAGGCUCACACAGGCCAGAGAGGACGUGGGAGGUAAUCCUGAUGCUGCCUCAAGAACAAAUGCAAAUGAGGACAUCAUCAAGACCCAAUGCUGGGUUGAUGUAGUCGGGGGAAGAAGAAAGGAAGAAUUUAUGGGCAAGACAACUUGCCUCUCAUUAUACUGCUGCAAGAGGAGGGGUAUUAAAACAUCAGCCAUUUUCAUCCAACAUAACAUGGUCGGUAGAAAGGCUUAUGAUGAAAUAAGAACCAGAUUGCAAACUCUUGAAGAUAUGUUCAGGAAAUACAUUCCUCAAGCAGCAGAAAUAUUGGACCCAUCAUCUUCCCACCAGGCACCUACACAGCCCAUGCAGCCCACUAAUGUGCAAUCAUCUAAUCAACAACAGCCUCUUGCCCAGCAACAAGAAGAUGAAGAAGAAACUGACUCUGAUGAUUUUAAUGGCUAUUAGGAUUUGAUAAACUUUUAAAAUUGAGUUGUUUAGUUUAAUGGCUAUUAGGAUUUGAUAAACUUUUAAAACUUAGUUGUUUAGUUUAAUAACUUUAUUGAGUUUUGAUGUUUACUACUGUUAACAACUACUUCUAUGGUAAUAAUCCAUGAACUUUUUAAACUUAGUUUAAUUAAAAACAUUGGUGUUUUGACGUUUGUUAAUAUUAGCAACUACGUCUAUUGUACUAAUCAUAUACAUUUGGUGUUUUGAUGUUUCAUAUAUUGAUUGUAUUUUAUGAAACAAAUAUUGUAUGCAUUGAUGUAUGAUGAUAUUGAUUGGCAGGUGUAUUGUGGUGGGAAGGUAGUGUACAAAAAGCAGUGCAACUUGCAUUUUAUGAAACAAAUAGUGUGCUUGAUAUAUAUGAUGAUAUUGAUUGGCAGGUGUAUCCUGGUUGUUAGGAAGUGCACACAGAAUGCUUGAUAUAAGAUGAAACAAAUAGUUGGAUGAUGUUUUCUAUAUUGAUUACAUUUUAUGAAACAAAUAUUGUGCAUUGAUGUAUGAUGUAAUUGAUUGGCAGACAUGUGUGUUGUGGUGGUGAAAGUAAUGUACAAAAAAGAGUGCAAGCUGCAUCUUAUGAAACAAAUUUUGUGUGCUGGAUGUUUGAUGUAUUGAUGAUUGGUAGGUGUAUCAUGGUAGUUCGGAAGUGUAAAAAGAGGAUUGUGAGUUGCACAGUAUAUUUUUGACGACUAUAGCCGUUGGUAAUAACCAUCUUGUCUUCAAUUUAUCGACAGACAGAAUACAUUACCGAAGACAAGCAGCCCUCGGUAAUUACCAAAGGCCAUUAAGCCCUCUGUAAACGCCGUUGUAAAUUACCAAAGGCUAGAUAGCCCUCGGUAAAAACUGUCUGUAAUUACCGAAGGUUUGCAGCCCUCGGUAAGUGUCGUUGGUAAAUUUACUGACGGCCCCGUCACGAAGGUUUCCGACAAACUAUUUAUCGUGAGCCUUAAAGCCGUCAGAAUUCAGUAUUUAUCGGCGGCUAUUUUCCAUUACUGACGGGCAUUGGCCCUCGGUAAAAAAUUUAAAAUUUGUUGUGUUUUAAUAACUUUAAUGCAAGAAUUUGUACCAU